CACACUUGACCAAUUGCGCCCGCGCAAGAAUCUGAUGGGUCAUUUGAAUACAGCGAUCCUCUCUGGGUAGAUGAGGUACAGUAGUAGGUAGUUGUAUAGUGAAGUGUCUUUGCUUGAGCGCGUGUGUGUUUGUGUGCACUCCUAGAAUAGAAAUCCAAAGGAAGAAGAAGAGAGAGGCGGGAUCGGUGUGUGCCUUGUUGAAAUCCAGGGUGAAGCAAAUAGGUAGUGUGUAACAGAUCGAUCAGCUCUUCGCGCACCCUUUGUGGAUUUAAUGGAUCAGUGGAUGUGAUGCCAAUAUAUAUCAUCGACCGAAAAUUUCCCGACACAUCUGGUGAGUUGAUACAGCCGGCAGCUGAAGGAGGAGACCUGAGAAUGACAGAGACAAACCCCCCCAAGUUGGCUACGAAGCCACGCUGGACCUCCCUGGAGGUCGGCCUGAUUACUAUUGUCUCCUUGUUCUUCAUCGUCAUCGUCGCCCUCAUUAUCCUUUUUGCAACACAGAAAACUGAUGAAAUCUGCACCACAUCUGACUGCACGCAAUCGGCGUCUCGCCUAAUUGAGAAUAUGGAUGCUAACAUGAACCCUUGUGACAACUUCUAUGAGUAUGCCUGUGGAGGCUGGCUGAAAAAGAACAUCAUCCCUGAGACCAGCUCUAGAUACAGUACCUUUGACAUCCUACGAGACGAACUGGAGGUCAUUCUCAAAGGUGUCCUUGAAAAAACAGUGGAGGGGGAGGCCGCUGCGCUCACCAAAGCUAAGACCCUUUACAAGUCCUGUACUAAUGAGAGUUUAAUUGAGCUCAGAGGAGGGUCUCCUUUGCUUGACAUGCUGUCUGAUGUGUUUGAGUGGCCCAUAGCUGUGGAUAACUGGGAGACCAACUAUGGUAAAACAUGGAGGUUGGAGAAUGUAAUUGCCAAGCUGAAUGAGAAAUAUGGAACACAACUCUUGGUUAACUAUUUUGUUGGCACCGAUGACAGGGAUUCUAACUCUCACAUCAUUCAUUUUGACCAGCAGACAAACCUUGGACUCUUGUCCAGAGAUUACUAUGCUUGCACUGGACCAUACGCAGAGGCCUGUCGGGCUUAUGAGCGGUUCAUGUUUGACCUGGCUAAGCUGAUUCGCACCGACCGGAAUCUGGACAUCAAUGAAACCACCAUCAGACAGCAGGUGGAGCGAGUCAUGGACCUGGAGAGAGACAUCGCCAAUGCUACUGAUACUCCAGAGGACCGUAACAACCCUGUGUUGCUUUACAACAAGAUGGAACUGGGUGAUCUGAACACCAACUUUACCCUUGAGGUUGAAUCCCAGGUAUUUGACUGGAGUUACUUCACAGCUAAGAUAAUGGAUACAGUCAAUAUCAGUGUUCCUGACACUGAGAAGGUCAUCAACUACUCCCCCAACUAUUACAGAAGACUCAACGUUAUCUUGGCCAAAUACAACAAGAGGGAUCUGCAGAACUACAUGGUGUGGCGUUUUGCUAUGAACAUGGUGGUGGGCCUGAGCAGAACCUACAGGGACACCAGGAAAGCCUUCCGCAAGGCUUUGUCUGGUACAACGUCAGAGGCAGCAGUGUGGCGACAGUGUGCACUUUACGUCAACAACAACAUGGACAAUGCUGUGGGAAGACUAUAUGUGGCAGAGGCCUUCUCUGAAAAGAGCAAAGAACUGAUGGAGGAGAUGAUUAAAGACAUUCGGGAAGUGUUCAUUAGUAACCUCUAUGACCUGACAUGGAUGGAUGCGGAGACCAAGAAAGCAGCUGAGGAAAAGGCUCGUGCUAUUCGGGAACGGAUUGGCUAUUCUGACAACAUCAGGGAUGAUGGAUAUCUUAACAAUGAGUACAAAGAUCUGAACUACAGUGCAGAGGAGUACUUUGAAAACAUCCUGCAGAACCUGGAGUAUGUGCAGAAGAAACGCCUGCGGAAACUCAGAGUCAAAGUCAACAAAGAGGAGUGGGUAACUGGAGCUGCUGUUGUCAACGCCUUCUAUUCAUCAAGCAAAAACCAAAUAGUUUUCCCCGCAGGCAUCCUCCAGCCGCCUUUCUUCAGCAAAGGCCAGGCUAAAUCUCUCAACUAUGGUGGCAUUGGCAUGGUGAUUGGUCACGAGAUCACUCAUGGCUUUGAUGACAAUGGCCGUAAUUAUGAUAAGGAUGGUGACCUGAAGGACUGGUGGACACCUGACUCCACUCAGAGGUUCCUAGACCUGUCGAAGUGCAUUGUCAAUCAGUAUGGCAACUUCUCCUGGGACCUGGCCAAUGGACUUCAUUUAAAUGGUAACAACACCCUCGGGGAGAACAUUGCUGACAAUGGAGGGAUACGGCAGGCAUAUCAGGCCUACAAGAACUAUGUGAAGGAGCAUGGAGAGGAGCCAUCACUGCCUGGCAUUGGCCUUUCCCAUGAUCAACUCUUCUUCUUGAACUUUGCUCAGGUGUGGUGUGGAACACACCGACCGGAGCAAGCUGUUAAUUCCAUUAAAGUAGAUGUACACAGUCCAGGGAAGUUCAGGGUACUGGGCUCCCUUCAAAAUUUCCCAGAAUUUGCCAAAGCAUUCAACUGCAACAAGAACAGCUACAUGGUCCCGGACAACAUCUGCCGUGUGUGGUGAUCCCUAAACCUCUAGGAUGGGGACUGUUCUGACGUGGGUAAAUCCUGUCCCGCUGCAGUACCUCUCCCCUCUGACAGUGGGAUUUGUGGGGGGCUACAGGGAAGUGAAAGCUCCCCUUAGCUCUUUACUGGAUGGACCAGGGCUGGUAGACUGACACUGCAGUAUGCACUUCCUCUGAAGAAAGCAGUGGACUGUACCUUCACGGACAGACGGAGCACUGUCUCUCCGACUCUGAUACUGUAGUUCAUUCAAUCAGCCUGAUUAUUCUGCUACUCACUGGAUACAAUCACUCAUUGUGUUUUUUUUUUUGGUUCUUUCUCUGGAUUUUCAUCUUCUUUUACUCAUUGUUUUCGAGUCUGCCAAACAGUGUGUGUGUGUGUGUGUGUGUGUGUGUGUGUGUGUGUGUGUGUGUGUGUGCGUGUGUGUGUGUGUGUGUGUGUGUGUGUGUGUGUGUGUGUGUGUGUGUGUGUGUGUGUGUGUGUGUGUGUGUGUGUUUCAGUCAAAAUACUAUACAAGUAGUUGUAAAGAGAGGGGUAGGCUGACAAAUCUGCUCAAAUCCACUUGCAUAUGAAUACAUCAGCCACCCACUCACCCAUACACAUGUAACAGGGCUGAACCUCUUUGCACUUUGUGGGACUGAGCAGUAUGCCUCUCAUGAAACCUCAGCUGGUUUCAGCCUUCAUCUACAUGCUGACACACUAUACAAUGUAUUUGUUAUGUACACUUUGCUAAUAAGUACAACUAGAUAAGGUAAAUUAUUAAAUCGGAGUUUAUUUUGCUGAAUAGACCAAUACCUAUUUCAUUGUAAUCACAUAUUACACAACAGUUAUAUAUUUGAGGAUAAUGACUUAACUGUGGUUGACAGCUGGCUGCUGUUCAUUAGCAGUAUGUCAAAUAAACCCAAAUUAAAUGAUUGCCUUUAAGAUGACAGCUGCUCAUGAAUCAUUAGGCAGACAAAUGACUGUCAGCAGACCCUUUUAUACACUCACUGAUCCUCCUGUGUGUUUCUGCGUGGAUUAAUGUCUCUAUGUUUUUUAAAAGUCAUUACGAUUACUGCUUACUGUUUGUCAAGCCAAUUGGUAUGUCUUACAUUAUCUGUUUUGCUGCUGUGUUUGAGUGUGUAUGUGUAUUUGCAGAAAAACACAAAUACAUUUUAGAACAUUUUACAUGAAACAUUUGCUUGACCUUUCCACAAAUACACUUUUUAUUGCUACUUGAAAGUCACUUACUAUUGUUGCGUGACUUUGCUACAGCCAGCAGCUGAUUAAUUUAGCGGAGCAUAACAACCGCAAACCGCCAGGCUGACCUGCAAUAUCAUUAAAGUUCAUUAAUAACUAUGUUAGUAUUAUGAAAAACAUUAAGUUGUCAUUUUGUAGGGCAGUAUGUACCAAACUGUUUCUUGGCUGGAAAUAGCAUUUCUCAGAGUUUAAUCCAGCUGCCUGGCAACCUAAUGGUGAUAACAAGACUCCACGACUUGUUUAUGCUUCCCCUUUGCUAUUGAUUGAAAACAAAUAUAUAUAUUCAAUUUGAAUUGGUUAAAUUGUGCUAGUAAGCAGAUUUUUUGUUUUGACUGGAGUCAGACUAGCUAUUUCCAGUCUUUAGGCUAAGCUAAGCUUACCACUUCCUGGUUGUAGCUUCAAUUAUAACAAAUUGAUAUCAAUACUUUCAUGUAACUUUUGAUAAAAUUUGAGUAGUUAAUUUGACAAAAAACUCAACUAUUUAUAAAACGUGUAGAAAUGUUUAUAUUUGAGCGUGGUUCAUUACAUAAUGUGCACCCAGUUGUAAACAUUGAAGAGUCAAUUUAAAGACGAUGAUAUAAAACAGCUAUCUGAGGAAUUACCUAAUUUAAACAGUCAGCCAAAUCUUAGCUGAAACCUAAUGAGCUCUUCAACAGUCAAUGUUUUUUUGAAUGCAGAAGGUUGUAUCAGUGGAUUGAAUAGUAUUCAUGGUUUUGUAAGGCUUUAUUUCUACAUUGAAGUGUAACCAAGGUUCUUAAUUGACCCUUUUUUAUAGAAGUGAAUGAUGUGCCAUGAUCAUGUAGGCCAUUUCUUUAUAGAGUAUGUAACAGUCCCUGUCCAGCCUUUAUACGUGUUGUUUUCCUGUGUUUCAUCCUCUUCAUUGAUUGUGCAAGCUCUCUGUGUGUGUCUCUCAGACCCUAAUGGUUUCUUUCGUUCUUAUCCCCCUCUCUAUCACACUCCACAUGUAGAAAGACAGAUAUACCUCAGUUGCCUGUAUUUAGAUACUUUAUAAUAAUGAAUGAUAAUCAUCUUACGGAGCAUUUUUUUCUUUCAGAAUAAAUCUAUACAUGACUU